AUGAAGUUAAAUCAAUUUGGAGAUAUAUCGUCAACUUGGCAAAAAAUUUUAUUAAAAAUUGAAGAUUUAGAAGAUAUGUCAAGAGAUGUCAUAAAUUUACAACCGUUGAAGAAAUUUCCUUUUAUUGUUGGAGAUAAAAUAAAAGAUGAAUGA